AUGGAUAUCUUCAGAAUUUUGUCGAGAGGAGCUUCCUUAAAGAAGAGUAAGCAGGUUACCACAGAUUAUGCCCUUCCAUCCAAGUCACAAAAUCAGGAUAAGGUGAAAAAAACGGGAUCAAUUAGAGAUGAAGUCGAUAAAGAAACUGAUUUUUUCCAUUUGAAAAACCAUUCGAAACCAAAGGAGGUUGUGGAAACACCCAAGGAAGAGGAAGAAGAAAAAGAAAGUGUUCCUCCACCAAAGAUUGCCAGUAGUGAAGAUGCAAAUAAGUUGCGUGCUUUGAAUAGAUCGAAAAUCACUGGUGAUGAUAUACCUUUACCCAUUGGAUCAUUUGAAGAUUUAGUAAGUCGUUUUAAGAUUGACAAGAAACUAUUGAACAACCUUAUAGAAGGUGGAUUUGUAGAACCCACUCCAAUUCAAUGUGAAAGUAUUCCUAUAUGUCUUGAAAAUAGAGACAUGAUUGGUUGUGCCCCAACUGGUUCCGGUAAGACUUUAGCAUUUUUAAUACCAUUAAUUCAAGCCAUAUUAAUUUCUCCAAAUAAUUCUAAGAACUAUGGUAUAAGAGGAUUGAUAAUAUCACCGACUAAUGAAUUGGCAGUACAAAUCUUUCAAGAAUUAGAAACAUUAACAAAGGGUAAAAAAUUAAAAAUUGGUAUUUUAUCAAAACAGUUAGCAAAUAGAAUUAAUAAUAAAAUUAUAAAUUCAAAUAAAUUUGAUAUUUUGGUGUCAACUCCUUUAAGAUUAAUUGAUCUUAUCAAGAAUGAAAAUUUAAAUUUAUCAAAAGUUGAACAAUUAGUUAUUGAUGAAGCUGAUAAAUUAUUCGAUCAAGGUUUUGUUGAACAAACCGAUGAUAUUUUAUCUAAUUGUACUUAUCCAAAACUAAGAAAGUCAAUGUUUUCUGCUACAAUUCCUUCUGGUGUUGAAGAAAUGGCUAAUUCAAUAAUGAAGGAUCCAAUAAGAGUAAUUAUUGGUCAUAAAGAAGCUGCAUCAAAUACAAUUCAACAAAAAUUGGUCUUCACUGGUAACGAAGAAGGUAAAUUAUUAGCAAUAAGGCAAAUGAUUCAGGAAGGUGAAUUUAAACCUCCAAUCAUUAUUUUCUUACAAUCUAUCACCAGAGCAAAAGCCUUAUUUCAUGAAUUAUUAUAUGAUAAAUUAAACGUUGAUGUAAUUCAUGCUGAAAGAACCCCAAAACAAAGAGACGAUGUCAUCAAAAGAUUUAAAAAUGGUGAUAUUUGGGUUUUAAUUACUACUGAUGUUAUUUCUAGAGGUGUUGAUUUUAAAGGAGUUAAUUUAGUUAUUAAUUAUGAUGUCCCUCAAAGUGCUCAAGCUUAUGUUCAUAGAAUUGGUAGAACUGGUAGAGGAGGUAAAAUUGGUAAAGCAGUAACUCUUUUCACAAAGGAAGAUGACAAAGCAGUUAAACCGAUCAUUAAUGUUAUGAAACAAUCCGGUUGUAAUGACGGUUUUAGCGAAUGGAUGGAAGAUAUGAAUAAAUUAUCAAAAAAUGAUAAAAAAGAUAUCAAAAAACAUCAAAUCAAAAGAAAUCAAAUCAGUACGGUUCCAAAAGUGAUGAAAAAUAAAAGAAAGAGAAAAGAAGAAAUGAUCCAAGCUUCUAAAAAGAGAAAAGCCGAAGAAACUCAAAAUUAG